CACGCAAACGCGAAAUGGACGAGGUCACCGCUGUUGCGCCGCGUCGAUUCAGUGGACGUAAACCCGAGGCAUCUCGUUCGUGUAGUCAAGAAGGAUGCGACGGAGGAUCUUGUGCAAGUGAAAACAAGCUCGUGAAGCGAAAACCUUCUGCUGCUGCCUUACGCCGCAAGAUUUCCAACCAAAUCCCGGACGAGAUUCAAAACGAUCCUUUGCUUGCCAAGGCCAUGGAGCAGCUUCCUUGGAACUACAACUUUGAAAUUCGCAAGACAAUCUGGAAGAUCAAGCAGGCUGGAGCCAAGCGUGUGGCUCUUCAAUUUCCCGAAGGACUGCUCUUGUACGCGUGCGUGAUCUCGGACAUCCUCGAGCGUUUUGCCGGCGCCACAUCUAUCAUCAUGGGCGAUGUGACGUAUGGCGCAUGCUGCGUGGACGACCUGACGGCAAAGGCACUUGGCGCAGACUUUAUGGUGCAUUACGGUCACAGUUGCCUCGUCCCCAUCGACGUGACCACGAUCAAGAUGUUGUACGUUUUCGUCGACAUCACGAUCGACGUGACCCAUUUGGUCGAGUGCAUGAAGCUCACGUUUCCACCCGAGACCAAGCUAGCGCUGAUGGGGACGAUCCAAUUCGCAACGGCCAUGCACGUUGCGUUGACCGAGCUGAAGGCCCACUUCAAGGACAUUGUUGUGCCGCAAGCCAAGCCACUGUCGCCUGGCGAAGUGCUCGGGUGCACGUCGCCGCAGUUCCCUGAUCGCGAGGCGCUUGUGUUUGUUGCCGACGGCCGCUUCCACCUCGAGUCGGCCAUGAUUGCCAAUCCGUCCGUCAAAGCAUAUCGAUACGACCCGUACCCAAAGAUUCUGUCUUGUGAGAGCUACGACUUGCCUCAAAUGGUGUCCAUUCGAAAGGACGCCGUGGACCGUGCCAAGUCCGCGCAAACGUUUGGCAUCAUCAUGGGCACACUCGGUCGUCAAGGAAGUCCAGUCAUCGUCGACCACAUCACGUCUCUGUUGGAACGCCGUGGCAAGACGCACUUCACCCUUCUCCUGUCGGAAAUCUUCCCCGACAAGCUUGCCAUGUUUCACGAAGUUGACGCGUGGAUUCAAGUGGCAUGCCCUCGGCUCUCGGUCGACUGGGGUUACGCCUUUGCCAAGCCGCUGCUGACGGCGUACGAAGCGGAAGUGUGCUUGGCGGACGAGAAGUGGCAAGACGACUCGUAUCCGAUGGACUUUUAUGCGAAAGGCAGUGGCCCUUGGACAAACUACUAUACGAAAUAGAUUGUGUUCGACUUAAUUGAGUGCGCAGAGUGAUGACUUGAA